AUGUCAAUUCACAUAAUUUCUUUUCCUGCAAGGUUCAGGAAAUUCCACGACGCAUAUCUACGCCUCUCUCAACAGUUUCACCAAAUCCGUUCUCUGUACAUCGUCAUCAAAGACUGGGCCAUCGAUGUCCUCAUCAAAUCCCUCGAUUACGAUCCUUGGAACUACAGGACUCUCGAAAUUUUCAUUGCUAUCGCCGUAGUGCUACUUUGCGUCGUCCGUUUCUGGCCCACGUCUUCACCCCGUCCAACCACGAAGGACUCCCAACACGCCCGCACGGCCCUCCAAGCGCUUCAGACCGUUCUUGUCCCAAGUUGCUCUCUCUGGCCCGCGCGGUACAUCCAGCUCGUGAAACAUGCCUCCAACCAUCGUUUUGGAUCACGGAUCGUCAUCCCUUUGAGCUUGCUCCUUCAGGACGUAUGCGACGGCGUCAUCGAGCUUCGCGAUCCAUUAUACGAUCUCGAGGAUUUGAUACAUGGAGGUGUUUGUGCGUAUGGCUGUUCCUUACGCGGAGAUGUCUUAGUCACUAGCGCACAACAUCUCGAUGGCCUUAAACAUCCACUGCUAGCAAAAGUACCUCCCCCCUCCGUGGACCAUUGGCCCACCAUCAACCUCGAUGGCCAUCCGCUCUCGCACCUGCUAUCUAUCCGGCUUCCCCAAGGCUCCCACACAACUCUAGAAUUCACCUCUCUCUCCAGCCACAUCUCCUUCCUCAGCACGACGUACAUUGUCUGUAUGGUCCCCUUCCUGGCGCGUCGUCUUCCCCACCAACUCUCCGAUAUAUUGGCAACAGUAAACGGCACUCGACACUUCAAAUUAUCGACACUCACAAACACAUCAGCGACAUACGCCGAAACACUCGCGGCACUAUCAACCACGCUGACAUAUGAUUCUGUAGCAAGAAAACACUGUGUCGACGAGCUGGGCGUCAAGGGAUGGCGUAAACGUAAGCUAAUGCUCGAGUUCGAGGCUGCUCUUGUGCGGAGGGGUUGGUUGGAGCGCUGGAAUGUGGUCUUGGAGGGUCGUUAA